AUGCAUGGAGUGACCCGAGAGCACACCAGGGCCCCAGGGACAGGGCUGCUGGCCGGCCCAGGUGACCAGUCCUGGGAGGCUGUGGUCCAGGGCCUGGCAGCUCAGGGGCGCCUGCGGACAAAGGGCUGGGCCAAGGGGCUGGCAGCAUCCCCCUCCCCGCAGCCGGCCCGCUGGGGCUGGAGGCACGGGCCCAUCAAUGUGAACCAUUAUGCCAACAAGAAGAGCGCAGCCGAGAGCAUGCUGGACAUCGCGCUGCUGAUGGCCAACGCGUCCCAGCUGAAGGCCGUCGUGGAACAGGGCCCCAGCUUCGCCUUCUACGUGCCCCUGGUGGUCCUCAUCUCCAUCUCCCUCGCGCUGCAGAUUGGCGUGGGGGUGCUGCUCAUCUUCCUCGUCAAGUACGACCUUAACAACCCGGCCAAGCACGCCAAGCUGGACUUCCUCAACAACCUGGCCACGGGCCUGGUGUUCAUCAUCGUGGUAGUCAACAUCUUCAUCACGGCCUUCGGGGUCCAGAAGCCCUUGAUGGACAUGGCGCCCCAGCAGUAGGGCACCCAGGACCCUGGAUGCUGCCUGCCUUGCAACUCAGCUGCCCGACCCCAGGAGCUGCCGUACCUGUGAGGUGUCCACCUCCCUGCACGUGGCACUCCCCAGACUGCCAGAGCCCAGGCUGGCCUCAUCUUCACCAUGUCCCCGGACCAGCCCUUGCUCUGACUGCGACCAAGCGCCAUGCAGGAGGCCACUCUUGUCUCUCGGCGGCUGUUCCCAGGAGGCAGCUCCCUCCUGGCACAUGGGGCUGGCCACAAUAGCCCAGAGGGUCAGAACUGGAUAGCCACAGAGACCUGUGCCCAGAGAGGGGUCUCAACCCACCCAAGGACACACAGCAGGUCCGUGGAUGGGCUGGAAGAGGGACCAGGGCCAGCCUCUGUCUUAGGACAUUCCAGAAAGACAAGGAGAUGUCUCUCCCUCUCGCGAAGCACCAGCGUCCCCACCUCGCGUGGGCCCUGUCCGGGUUGCCAUGGUGACCCCAGCCUCUAUCCACUUCCUAACCCAGGGACCCUGCACAGCCAGAACUGCCUUUGGCCCUACUAAUGGUCACUGGCUCUGGUCUCAAGUGCCUGGGCUUGGUGGCCAUCAAGAGGGAGCCAGCCAGGCCUGUGAGGGCCAUAGACCCUGUAUAUACCCUGCACCAGCAGUGACCAGGCAGAGCCCAGCCCCCUCCACGGGGGUCCCAGCGCCCACUUUUCUAAUCAUGAAUGACCAAUAAAGCCCAUGCUCUUUGUCAGGCUCCA